GAAAAAGAAGAGGUGGUUCGAAAACCACCCCUAGGGGUGGCAGAGGGUGGCCGGGGGUGGGAUGGCGUGAUGGUCACCCAAGCAAACUAUCGAGCACCUUAGGCCUUCAAAACAUGAGUUGAUCUAUUUCAAAGGCGUAAUUCGCAGCUGGAAGGCUACGGAGCUUGCUCUGGUGGGUGGGUGGGUAGGAAUCAAAUGCGUCAAUGGACAGGUCAUUGCCAUCCUGCUUCCUUGGAAGGGUUUGGGUGGCCAAAUCUCCUAAAAGACAGACCAACUUCAAGCCCUUCAAAAGAUUAGCCUCCACGACAAUGUUCUUGCCGGCACCGUCCCUUGGGUUCCUUCCCAAUCUCAAAGGGGUCUACCUCUUCAACAACUGGCGCUUUCUGAUUCUAUUCCUCCUUCAAUUGGCAAUUGUAUUAUGCUUGUUUGGGAUCAUGGAUCAGCACUUCAGGCUUCAGCCAUGUAGAUGCCCCCUAUGUCGUCAUCAAAUUUCCUUGUUGGUUCCUGGAGAGGCUUCAUUAAGACGGUGUCAUGACCCUCAGGUUGCAGAGAUUCUAGGAAAGGUGGAAAAAUACAAUCGCCUUUUUAGUGGGCAUACCAAUGGUCUCAUUCAGAUGAUACUAAGUGCUGUCUACAUUGUCAGCCCGAUUGACAUUAUUCCAGAAGGAAUAUUGGGAAUAGUUGGGCUCUUGGAUGAUCUCCUUAUACUGCUUAUCUUCUUCCUGCACGUUUCUGCCAUUUAUCGGUUGGUACUCUAUACCCGUCACGGAGGUUCAUGAGCUGUCCUGCUGACAUGACAGAGAAGAGAGAGCAAGGGUAAACGUAAAGGAAAAGGUUAUACAUUCUCCGCAGAGAGUAGGAUUGUUGGUUUUUCUUUUUCUUCUUUUUUGCUAUUUUAGUGGUCUUCUUUUUCGCCCUUUCUAGCUUCUCUCUGGUUGUUACCGUUGCAAUGCAAUGGCAAAGCUUACUUCAUCCCUCACACUAUUUGUAAUCAAACGUGGAUGUUUCUUUGUGCACGGGCAAAAAAUCAUUCUUUUAUGUGAGUUUGUAAUAAUGUUGUGUUCAUUUAGCUUUAUAUUAUGCAGCA